UCUUGGGUGACUGAUGACUGAAGAGCUCGAGCUCUUGAACUUCCACUUCCACUUCUGCAAGCUGCUAAUCCUCUGUCAAGGUCUUCUUCUUCGUCUUCUUCUUCGUUGUAAAUUCGCCAUUAAUGGGAGUCUCGAGUUCCCAAUGACCCGUAAGCUCCCUCCUGAUGAUUUCCUCGCGGCUUUUGGGUAAUACAAGCUUUGCUGUUUCUGCGCUGAUCGAUUCCAUACGGAGUGAUGAGUCUGAAAUCAGGGCACUAUUUGAAGUCCCACAUGGCGUGGGCUUCAGCUCCGGUAGUGCAGACAUCAGUGGCUGGCCUAGUGGGUGUUGCCGGUUUGAUUUUCGCAAUUAAGAGAGAUGGUAUACUUGGGACUUUGGGUUGCUUAUCAUGGUUUCCUGGGAGAAGGACCAUUUCCGAGGAAGAUUACACUGUGCCCGGGCUUCACAAUCGCAGCAACAACUGUUUCCUCAAUGUAAUACUGCAGGCUCUGGCUGCUUGUUCGUAUUUCCAACCUUUUCUUGAAGAGAUUACGGAAGAAUAUCAGAAAUUGUCAACUCAAGAUAGGUCUGGAAACUUACCAUUGAUAGAAGCUCUGGAGACUUUGCUAGAAGGUCUGCGGGUAUUGAGUGAAAAGAAAAUAGUAUUGGAUCCAUCCCAGGUGAUGAAGGAGAUCUCCCAUCAUGUUCCCAGUUUCAGGUUGACGGAACAACAGGAUGCAAACGAGGCACUGGGUCUUCUCAUCUCCUCCCUAAGAGAAGAAUUGUUGGGAUGUUAUAUACCGUACCAAAGUCCUCUAGCUAUUCCCACUGCUUCUAGUGGUAGAAUUCUUAGCCCACUAGUAGGAAAUGACCAAAGUGAGCAAGAAAGAUGGCAGAAGCACAUCCUUGGGCCUUUUGAUGGGAUCACCGGUAGCAUUUUAACUUGUCAAAAUUGUCUAUCCCAGCUCGAAUUGGUGUUUGAGUUCUUCUACACUAUAAUUGUUGUUCCAGUGCCCACACAUGGUUCAGCAAUUAUGAGAGGCUGUACCUUGUUCGAUUGCUUAAGGCAGUUUUGUGUCGCCCAUCGAGAAAGCACUUGUUGCAAGCGCUGUUGGCAUACUGCUGCUGCAGCAUACUUAUCAUCAUUAACUGAAAAAAAUGAGGGAGAGAUUGAGAAAGUUGAAGCCUGUACCUGGGGAGAUUCCUGUGAGUGCAGAAGUCUGUCUGGUCUAGGAAGUUUCCCAUGGACAGACGAUUGGUGCCGAAUUAUCAGGAGAACAAGAAUUGCUCGCCCACCAGCGAUUUUGUGCAUUCAAUUGGCACGGGCUACAGCGUAUGAACGUGGAGAUGCAUUUAAACUUCAGGGACAUGUUUCGUUCCCAUUGGUGUUGGAUAUCUCCCCUUUUGUACUAAGUGGCUUCGGAGUUAACAUGCAAGGAAAUUUAAAUAUGGGGCCCUGGUUACUGCAGCAGAGCAAGCAACGACUUCUUAACCUUCGCUCAACUCCUUUCAACCCUCAGACUGACAGAAGAAUGCCGAGUGGCAUCUCCAAGAGUUCAAGGCAAGAAGAAUCUCACUGUUCCGUGCAAGACGAAUUGCCAGAUCUAGGGCAAGCUGAAGGCUGCUCAACUGUUACAAAGACUGAUAGUUGCUCAGAAUCUACCGAUAAGAAGAUUCAAACUGCCAAAAAGGUUUUCGGGGAUAGUCGUCUUUACCGUCUAGUUUCUGUAGUGGAGCACUUUGGAGGGAUGGACGAUGGCCAUUACACCAUCUACAGGAGUGUGAGGAGCAAUACACCUGGAGAUGGCCAUUGCCAAGAUUCGGAUGAAGUUCCUGUCCGUUGGUUCUCUAUAUCAGACACAGAGGUAGUCCCUGCUUCAGAAGAGGAGGUUCUUGCAUCUAACGCUUGCAUGCUCUUCUACGAGAGAGUCCCAGCAGAAGAGAUCAGCUUUGAUGCCUAGAGAUAACUCAUCUGCAUUGUAUCAGAAUUCCUUUUUUUUGGACUCAUCAUUUGUGGGAAGCUGCGCGCUAAACUGCACCAAGUUAAGGUUAGGCAGGAUCACAGCCGAUAUGUCGGAUUCCAUUGUCGAUGUGGUUCUUGUAUACCCAGAGAACAGCAUUAGCUUAGGUUCGAGUUUUACAUACGGGUACAAAAUGAGUGCCCCAUCCAAAAUUGAUAACAUUCUUUGUUGAUUGAAGCAAGCAAAAUUAGUCUGUUCUUCUUCGAGUUA